AUGCGGCUGCUCCUGACCCAGGGUCGCGGCACAGCAACACGCACAAGAGAGGAAGCUUUUUGUUUUUCCAUGUACCAAGGAUGGGCCACAGGACAGCCAGCCAGUGUCGGGACUGGCGCCAGCGAACCCAGCACGGACGUGGUCUGGCCAGACGCAUCCCGUGCACCCCAGCGAGACAAAGCGCUGCGCACAUACAAAGACAGCAAUCUGCCAACUCGGCGACCUGGGGGGGGGGGGGCAGGAGGUGCUGAUUGGGCGGGGCGGGCGCUCCACGAACAUGUUGGAGUCGCGGAAGGGCAACAGAUGCAGUCGCGCAGCGGAUCCCGUACGAGCGCAAUGCUCGCGCUCAGUGCAAGCGGUAGCGUCGGCGGGCUCGCGCUAGCCGAGUACGCUGCAGGAGGGCACAUGAUGGAGCGGCCCACGCACGCCUGGGCGGGAGAGGCUUCAGACGACAAGCAGAGCUGGUCGAUCGACGGGCGCAGGACAAGGACAGGGCUGGCGUCGCCAGUUGAUUGUGGUGAUCCAGGCGGGCCAGCGUGUGGGACGACGACGUCGAGCGCCCGUCCCGGCUACCUCUCUUCUGGCCCCGUCUCGCACGCCGCUGGUACUCGGUCGUCAGGCUCUGGGGUAUUUUUAGCGUGCCAUUCUAUUGUCUGCGGCACGUGUCGGACCCAGAGGGGACGGUGCAAUAAGCGCGGCGCUUCGUCUGCCCUGGCCUUUGAGCGUCCGGGACGCAGCAGUGGGCGAGCACUGCGUCAGCACAUUAGCAGAUCUCCACGUGGUGGCAGCUGCAGUUAUUUUCGGGCCUUGUGCAGGCGGCCGGGGUGCGAGGGCAUCGAGUGCGAAGGAACAGGAAGGGUGCGGCCGUGUGGCGGCGACCGAGGCGGCUCGCACGUCUGGAGCAGCACGAGCACGCGGCGCCCGUUGGCCGUGGUUGACAGCUGGCGCUGCCCGGAGCCGGGAGCGACGGCGCCUCGUCUGCUCGUCUGCUCGUCUGCGCUCGUCGCGUCCCUCGCAACCGUGGGUGUGUGCUGUGCUGCGGGUGCAUGCCAAGGCCAAGGCCUGGCAGAUGCCGCCAUGUCUGCAGUCUGUCGCGAGCAGCCAGCGACGAAUGGCGACCACCAGCAGUGCGCGAGCUGCGCGCCCGGCACAGACGCGCCCUCGCCUCGCCGCUGGGCCUGGCAGCCGUCGCAUGAGUCGCGGGAGAGACGUGCUGUCGGGACGUCUGGGUGCCCGUCGCAGGACGACGUUUGCAUGAGACUUUCAUUUCGAGUGCGUCCGGGGAGACGUUCGACGGCCGUGCAACGCCGCGCACCGGGCGCCUCGGAGCGGCGUGCCAUCUCGAGGGCACGCGAGUCUGGCACUGGCAGCUACUCGUGCUGUGGUAGACGCAGACUCCGGCCGGCGACUCGUCGCAGAGCCUCCGCCAGCCUCCAGCCCGCUGAAGCGAGCGGGCUGGAGGCUCGCCUGGCGCUGCUGCAGAUGAUGCGGGCGUGCGGUGAACAGCAGCGGCCAUCCCUGCGCCCACGAAUUGGAUCCCCUCUGGCGGAUUCACGCGCCCGCCAGACUGACUGUGCCCGGCCUCGCUCGACCUCGCGUUCGCGUGCGCCUGGCCUGCCCCGUACGAAUCCGGAGCACCUGGCCGUCGUGCUGCUCUGUGUCGUCACUGCACCGGGCCGUCGUCUCGACCUCUCUCCGCGCGCUGGCCCGCUGCAUGCGCGCCGUGGGUCGUCUCUGCAGACUCGUCUUCUGUCGCGCCUGUCAGGUGCCUGUGCCACCAUGGUUCGCUGUGAUCGAUCUGCGUCCGCGCGCGGCGCCGGCGCUCGAUCUUCGCAGGCUCGGUGCCGUCCGCUGGGCUUGCUUUCGGGCUGCCCGGGGCCCACCCAACGCGUCCUCCCAAUUCGUCUGCCCGCCCCUGUUGCACCGCGCCUGCACGACUUAAUCUUGACACGGAUCGCAUUGGUGUUUUGGACCGCCCCCAAGCCUCCCCAUCCGCCCCUGGUGCUGUUCGCUAUCCGGAGCUCCUGA